UCGUUUUCGUUGCAAAAUGUUUUCCGUUUGGAGUAGGCCUUAAACAGUUUCGCAACAGACGAACGUUUUGCAAAAGAAUUGGCGUAAUGAAUACACCCCUGGUUCGACCGGACAGCCCAGGUGUUGUUCUUGUCAGACGGCUAUGUCACGCACAGGGACUGGUUGGUCACAUGGUCCAGCUCCUACGUUCUGCGGAAAUUAAUGAACGGAAGAAACAGGUGAAUGUAUUAUCGGCAGGGCAGAGACCAGUGUGUCCCCAUGUCUGCUAGAGGAGGUUCCUCUGGCCGUUUCAACAUUGUCCAGGAUGCAGAACCUCACUACGACCAGGUCCCAGUGGGCUCCUUAUGGAGGGACCAGGACCUCCCUCCUCCUCCCCGCUCCCUUGGGGGUUUCAGGGGGGCAGACCUGGCUGUGAGCUCCGACCCCCUGCCCCCCCCUCCCCUCCCAGACCAGCCCCCCGUGGGCCCUGACUUCUACCCCCCUAGCGACGGUGCCUCGGAGCGCCUUGACAACGACAGUGCAGCCAUGGACAUCAAACCCGUCCGCCGCUUCAUUCCUGACUCCUUCAAGAACUUCUUCCGCGGCAACAGUGUCCGUGGUAGCAGCAACAAGCCCUUCUCCUUACCCCCCUCCCCGCCGCUGACGGAAAAAGACGACCUCAAACCAGGAACCACUAGAGGUGUCCCCUGCUCCCCUCCCUCUCCCUCCCUCCCUGGCUCCUACCUGGAUCCGUACGGAGGCUCUGGCGGAAGCUACAACUCCAGAAAAGAACGUGACGCCAUGUUGCUAGGAACCGAUGCAUUCGAGUCUGUCUCAGGCGUCACAUUCCGCUCAGCCAAGACCUACAGCGAGCGGGUGGAGGAUUACCACCAGCGCUACGCCUAUAUGAAGUCCUGGGCGGGGUUACUGCGCAUCCUGGGCUGCGUCGAGCUCCUUUUGGGCGCUGUCGUCUUUGCCUGUGCGUGUGCUUAUGUGCACAAGGACAAUGAGUGGUUCAAUAUGUUCGGCUACUCCCAGCCACAAUUGUUUGGGGGGUUAGGGGGCGGCGCAGCAGCGUACGGAGGCAGCGGAUCGUUCAGCUACGACGGACCCAAAACCCCCUUCAUCUUGGUAGUGGCUGGCCUGGCCUGGAUAGUAACGGUCAUUAUGCUAGUCCUGGGGAUGACCAUGUACUACCGUACCAUCCUCCUAGACUCGUCUUGGUGGCCGUUGACUGAGUGUGUAAUUAACCUGGCCCUUGGGUUUCUCUACAUGGUAGCAGCGGUCAUGUACGUCAGGGACACAACCAGAGGAGGCCUCUGUUACAUCCCUGUCUUCAACAACGGAGUCAAUGGAGCCUUCUGUCGCACAGAGGCCGGACAGACCGCCGCCAUUAUUUUUCUGUUCGUCAACAUGAUGAUAUAUUUUGUGGGCGCCGGUGUGUGUCUGAAGCUGUGGCGGCACGAGGCGGCGAGGCUGAGGAGGGAGGGGUUAGCGCAGGAGGUGAGGCUGAGGAGGGAGGGGUUAGCGCAGGAGAUGAAAACCAUUGGAUCUUCCCUGCCAAUAUCUGCUCUGGGCGGUUCCAGGACCUCAGCGCAGACCCCUCUCCCCACCCUCCAGACUAUCCCGGAGGUGUUGGACGGCCAUGUUGCCUCUCCAGCCGCCCCUCUGAUGAUGGAGCCAGAGAUCCUCCGAGGACACAUCCCCUCAGGACACAUCCCCAAACCUGUAAUCAUCGCAGACUACGUGGCGAAGUACCCAACAAUCCGUACAGAGGAGGAGAGGGACCAGUACAAGGCUGUGUUUAAGGACCAGUAUGCUGAGUACAAAGAGCUGCAUGCUGAGGUCCAGGUCAUGGCCAAGAAGUUUGACGAGAUGGACGAACUGAUGAGGAACCUGCCUCCACGGCCCUCCAGUCAACUGGAGAAGGAACGCAUCAAUACCAUAGUAUUGGAGUACCAGAGAAAGAAAGCGGAUCCUACGUUCCUUGAGAAGAGGGAGAGGUGUGAGUACCUGAAGAACAAACUGUCCCACAUCAAACAGAAGAUCAAUGAAUACAACAAGGUUAUGGACUGGAACGACGGAUUCAACUAGACGAACACACACUCUGAACUGUGCAGCUUAACUGAGCCAGGUCAAGCCCGAAUGCUGAAGUUUUACCCUCCGCUACAUUAUGUUGGAUGCCAUUCCUUGCCAGUUAUAUGCAUUAUGUGGAUAUGCCAUGGGUCAAAUCAUAUAACGAUUUUAGUGCCACAAAAAUUGAUAUUGAGGCUGGUUUUAUAAUCUACACGUUUUCUUAUCUGAUGCAUUUUGUUUUUAUUGAUGUCUGUGAUAUAUUUGUUCACUGCCAUAAUUGUAAGUUGGUUGCCACUGCCCAACCCUGAAGGACAGAUCAGUCUCUACACAGUACCCCAACAUCAAUUUGACCACGUGGGCAGAUGUCAUUCUUUGUUGUGUAUAAUUAUUUAUCUCUAUUGUACCAUUUUGUAAACUCUAGAUACUGUUAACAGUAUGAAUCUUAACAAAUCUGUUAUGUUUUCCUCAAUAUAUUUUUUAAUUAAGUGACAAAGCAUCUCCAAUGUAUUAUAUGUCGUUGUUGACUUGUGUUUUUCAAAAACUAUUUUUGCAGCUUCUGGGUGUACAUGAACACAGUCCAAUGUUGUACACUGAUGUCAAUCGAGGUGGUUUAUUUGGAACACGCGGCCUUUCUGGUAUAUUUUGUACAUUUAUGUGUAGAAACGUUAUCCGCUAUCAUAUAUUUCUGUUUCGACUUGCUUACCGAUGUACUUGUAAUUUCUUGAUAAUUGAAGGAAAGUCUGGAAAGUUUGAUUUCAGCACAGUUUGAUAAAGAUCCUCAAAACUAUGAUGCCCCCCUAGUAGAAAUGACUGUUAUAUUAGUCACAGAAGAGUGUGUGUGUGACUGACUAUGUCAGUGGUUGAUGAAUGUCAGAGAAUAAUGGGAAUUGAUUGGAUCCUUUUUCUGUCAGUCAGUGUCUGUUACAAAAGGGAAUCUUGCCUAAACAAUGUCUCUCUCUCUCACACACACACUUCCUGUCGGUGUGGAAUCUUGCCUAGUCCUCAUGACAUGGCUGUUGUUGGUCUCGUUGAAGCCUGGAGGACUGGUUUGGUCAUGAUGGACACUUAAGGGGAGAGGGGGUUGGGCAUCACAGUUCCCUAUUCAAAUCAACAGUGUAGAGUUCUGGCUCCACUGCAACUCCCAGCAAGGUGUCAUCUUACACACACACACACCAUAGGCCUUUAUAGGUUGAAAAUACUCAGGCAAGUUACGAUUCCAUGCGGAAGCUUUUGAAAAUUAACAGAUUCAUCGAACCAGCGCUGUUGCUAAAUAGCAUAUCAGGUGCCUUAGUUUAGAAUUUGUCCUUAUUUAUGCAAAGAGUUCUGGGAUAUUAGAACCCUCAUGACUUAACCAAGGUUAUCUUCAACCUAGCAUAGGAACAGGAAGUUAUUUUUAAUAAUGUUUUAUUUUAUUGCAACAGUAACAAUAUUACACAUCAAUACAAAUCAAAUGGUAUUAGUCACAUGCGCCAAAUACAACAGGUGUCAACCUUAGAGGGAAAUGCUAACUUACGAGCCCCUAACCAACAAUGCAGUUUAAAAAAAAUACGGAUAAGAAAAAAAAGUAAUUAAAAACAGGGACAUUACUCUGAAUACAAUGAAAUAACUGAAAUAAUAGAACAACAGGCAAAUUCAACAAUAAGUGGAUACGACUGGCAGUUAAUGAAGCCAUUUUUGGUGAUUCUAAUUCAAUAUAUUGCUAUGGAAGUGACCAACCCAUGCUAUGGUCAAAAGCGACAACCUUUUAUCCAGUUAUCCCAAAAGUUAAAGAAACUAAUUUUAAAAUAUUUCCUUCCAUCUAACCUGUUAAUGAUUUCUUGCACAAAAGAUUCCAUUUUGACAAAAUGCCUGUUUUUUUGUUCCAGAAUCUGUAGAGCAUUUUUUACCCCCAUGUCGCCAUUCUAGUAAACUAUGGAUUGAAAUCCAUAAAUGCUUGUGUAUAUUACCUAUGUUAACCUUUGAUGAUGUUAAAUGGCAUGAUGCUUAUCCUUGUAAUUCCGAUCUAUCAUAACUAUUUUAUUAACAUUAUUAUUCUCUUGGACAAAUAUUAUAUUCGCAAAUGUAAAUGGGGUGGAAAAAAAUCCUUAUUUCGUUAUUUUUUAAAAAUUGAACUGUUACAAUUGUAUAAAUCCCUCAAACUUGUGAAACUUAAAAAGUUGGGAAGAUUAUUCGAAGUCAUGUCUCAGAAUGUCUGUUAAUGUUGCCUUGUCACAUAUUAAAGACCAGGAAGUUA